CGCCUCUGACGAUUAAUUGGCAGUUGAGGACCAUGCGCUUUAAAUACAAAGGUACAUGGGUCACAUUGCAAGGAGCCAUUAAUCCCGACAACGAGGUUAUAGCUGUCGGCGGGAGUUUGCGCGAUAAUGACGUCACGCCGCGACGGACCAGAUGCUGCAACCGAGGGGGUCAUUCGAGUCUUCAAACGCCAAAUCCCGUGGAGCCAUCGCUGAAGGAAGUCUCCCCCUCCAUUGAUGUUGUCCUCUCCGCCACCACGUCAGCAACCGCCUCGACAUGGAUUUGCUCCACGACAGUCCGUGAGCGUGAUGUGGCUGGACGAGGAUCAAACUCGGUGGCGAACAACUUGAUUCAAGGCUGCAUCGGAGCCUCCAUUGGAGGCCUAACUGGGGCUCUCUUGUACGGAGUGGGUUUGAUGGUGGCUACGGUUGAUAGUGCCAUGGGACUUGCGGGUGGAACCAUAAAGGAGGUCGGCGCACAUUCAUGUGCGAAAACCUUGACGUCUUGGGACCCUACGACGGAGGCAAGUACAUCCUUUGGUUUUAACAAGGCUAAUGAUGGAACUCUCUCCAUGCCAGGAAUUGAAGGCCACGUUGAAGUGCAAGAUAUGGAGUGGAGGUUUGGUUUUGCAUAUGGUUUGCGAGGAUGAGACAAAGACAACAUUGACAUGAAAAGAACCUGUCCUGGUACAUAUGUACGUGAGUUGCAUGGGGAAUUGCUUUUGGACAAUGGAGGUUGAUGGACAAGCCAUUUCCUGCAUGAUGAGAUGGAAUUGGAAGAAAGGGAGCUCGAGUGGUGUGCAAGAAAUAACUUGAUGGUACUCGACGUUUUCAAGGAGAGGAGUUUGGUUCGAGUGCCCAAGCCUAAUUGGAAAUUUCGUAAGCGAGUUUGGCGUCGACAAAGAAAUGCUCUCUUCAUAGUCAUCAACACGUGGGAGCGAUUCUUUUUCAUUGAUCCGGGUUGAGAUGGCGCCUGAACUUCGGGGACGAAGUUGUAAAAAGGGGGGAGGAUUGAUGGGUGACGGCGUCUUGGGCCGAGCCCAUUAAUAUUAUUAUUAUUGUUGAUGUUUUAUUACUAUUAUUUGUUGGGAUAUUCUGUUAUUAUUCAGGUUAUUCGUAUUAAUUUGGGUAUAGGAGUUGUAGGAUUAGUCCUAUAAAUAUGUACCUUUGCUCUUCCUUUUAAGAAGUUGAUCAAUAAAGUAUUAGUAGUUAGUAGAGAAAAGUAGCUCUUUUAUCGUAUUUUCUAGUUCUUUCGCUAAAUCGCUCGAGAUCACCGGUGCGUGAAAUCCCGUUCCGCAUCAGGGCACAUCAGGAGAGACUUCUCUCGUGGGUUCACUUGAAAUAUUAAAUUUGUAACACCAUUCAUUCAAACAUGGUCAUCUCUCCCUCUCUUUUCCAACAUUUGGAAGCAAAGAUUGUUCCUUUUCUACUGUUUUUUGAAUCCGCCGACUGCUGCCGCCGCCGUCGCGGAAGAGAAAGAAGAACGACGAGCGAUGGGUGGUUGAAAGAUUUUGUUUUUUUUUUUUAAUUAGGUAAAGGAAAUAAGAAAGAAAUUUAAAUUCCGAAUUUUUUUUUAUUUUUUUGGUUGCUGACAUGGUGAUGACCUGGACAGUUGACUAACGGUCAACGGUGUUGACCGUCCAAACAAACGGUCAAACCACAAUCCGGGCCAAAUGAGUAUUUAUGCUGCAAAGUUCGGGCCAGGAUGUUAAUAUCUCAAACCACGUGCCAAAGUUAAUUAUAUGGUCAUAGUUGGAGCCAAAAUAAGUUCUUAACCCUUUUAAAAAAGUAAAUAAUUUUAACCUAACCCAACGAGUUAUGAUCUGAAUUAACUUCCUUAGAGCAUCAGCAUAGCAAUGGGGUUUUUCCCAUCAAAGUUACACAAAUCCUAGAUCAAACGAUUUUACUUGUUAUAGUUAGGGAUGGCAAUGGGGCGGGUUUGGGGCGGGUUUGCCUAAAUCAUCCCCAUUCCCGCUUUCAAAUAUCCAAACCCAUACCCGCUCCAUACCUAUGCGGGGAAGGCAAACCCAUCCCCAUAUCUGUGGGUUUCGGGUACCCAUGGGUAAUACCCGCUCCGUACAUCCUACAUUAAAAUAGCUAAAAUUUU